AUGGUCCGGCCAUGGGUUGUGGAGACCUCUGGGAGUGCUGAAGAAGGACGGCACUCCUCAGAUUCUGCGUCCAAUGACGAUGUCGUCUCAAAGGUCUACUCCUCUGAUGACAUCGGCGCAAUCGAUGCGCAUUGCUGGAAUGCAGCAAUAAAAUGGAUAGCCACUGUGAUCGUUUCGUCCAUUGCGGCGUGGGUUUCCUUUGCAGGGGCUAUUGAUUCCCAGGUAGGCUCAAAAAUUUCAUCCGAGUUCGGAAUCAGCGAAGAGGCAGAGACAUUGGCAACUGCUAUGUUCCUUUUUGGUUUUGCCUUUGGUGCCCUUGUGACCGGUCCCGUCUCCGAGACGUUUGGCCGCAAUGCUGUCUAUGUGACGUCUCUGGUUAUUUUCAUUGUCUGUGUGGUCAUCACAGGCUGCUCCCACAGCCUUGCUGUACAAAGCAUAUUUCGCUUCUUCGUCGGGUUCUCUGGCUCCAGUCCAUUGGUGUGUGCUGGGGGUUCACUGUCCGACCUCUGGACCACGACCCAGCAAGUCUAUGUUUUCCCAAUAUUCUCUGUUAUAGCGUUCGUGGGCUCCGCUACGGGACCGCUGGUUGGAGGAUACAUUGCCCAAAGCGACAUAUCCUGGAGAUGGGUUGACUGGGUGACUGCCCUUGUCGCAGGAUUCUUUCUCGCAUGUGUCGUCUUAUUCUUGCCGGAGACAUUCCACCCAGUUCUCUUACAGCUCAAAGCGAGGGAGAUACAGCGUGUCGCCAAAACCGACAAGCACAAAGAGUCGAGUGAGGAAGAACGCAAAACCUCACUUGCCAUGCAGGUCCUCCUCGGCAUCUGGCGACCCUUUUACCUCACCGUCUACGAGCCCAUCGUCGUCGUCUGCGCGCUCUACCUGGCCAUCAUCUAUGUCAUCCUCUUUACCUGGCUGAACGGCUUCGAGUACAUCUUCGCAGACACAUACUCCUUCUCAAAGGGACAAGUGGGGCUCUGCUUCAUCGCCAUGUUCGUGGGCAACUGCUGCGCCAUACCUUUGAUUCCAGUCAUCUAUAAGAUCUACACAAAAGCCCUCCACAAGGCCCAACAACGCAACGAAUCAUCCAAGAACGAAGCCGACGCCAAUCCGGAGUCCGCCAAACCCCCACCAGAAAUCCAUCUCUACUACGCCAUGUUCGGUGCCCCAACUAUCCCCCUCUCCCUCUUCUGGAUGGCCUACACCACGAAGCCGCAGAUCUCCCCCUGGGUCCCCAUCGUCGGAUCCCUCCCGUUCGGCUUCGGCUUCACCACUGUUUUCAUAUCGUGCUAUCAGUAUCUGACAGACUGCUACGGUAUCUGGUCUGCUUCUGCGCUUUCGAGCGUGAAUUUUGUGCGGUGCCUGUCCGCCGGCGGGAUGAUGCUGGCUUCGAUGCCGCUGUAUGAGAACCUGGGGGUGAAGUGGUCGUUGACCUUGCUGGGGGCUGCGUCGGCGGUGAUGGUGCCGGUGCCGUUUGCGUUUUAUAAAUGGGGGUAUGUGAUUCGGAGGAAGAGUAAGAAUGCGUUGGCUUAG